AUGGUGAAGGCAACCCUUGCCCUUGCCGAUAUGCGAAGGGCUGCCCUCACCAGCCCAAGCGAGGACGACACUCACCGGCCUAGGCGUGGGCUGCCCUCGCUUGAGGACAAUAGCAACUUCGAUAUGUAUCAGUCAAGGCAGCUGAUUGGAGGGAGAACAUGUACUGCCUUCUUGCUCCCGGCUCUCCCCCAUAGGAAGAGAUCCCAGCCGCUUGUAGAGAUGGACAUCAUGCUAGAGUACCAAAAGCAAGUGACCAAGGUGGGGCUCUUGCUGUUUGAGCUGCUAUCAGAGGCCCUAGGGAUGAAGCCAAGCCACCUCAAGGACAGAGACCCUGCAUGCCCUGAGCUUGAGCUGAGCAGGGGCACAACCAAGCACCAGAAAGAUCAUUUCCUCACUGUGCUCCUCCAGGAUCAAAUUGGUGGCUUCCAAGCCCUCCACGAGGAUCAGUGGCUUAAUAUUGAGCGACCAAUUCAAGAGCUUCGAGCACAGCGCCUGGCGAGCCGGGUCAGAUUGAGGAUCUCGGUGGCCAGCUUCUUCACCAUGUACAUGCAGCCAUCAUCGAAAUUCUACAGGCCCACCAAGGAAUUGCUUUCGGAGAACAAUCUUCCCAAGUACAGAGAAACCACGGCGAGGGACUACACAUACUACUUCAACAUGAAAGGGCUUGCCCGCAAAUCGGCUCUGCCACACUUCAGGCUUUGA